AUGACUCCGCUGCUGUCACACUGCAAACAAUACUUAAGUGAUGAUCAACAUGGAUUCAUCGCAGGUAGAUCAACCACUAUAAAUCUGCUCUGUCUCACAUCAUAUAUUGCGGAAAGCUCAGUGGAUCGUGCUCAUACGGACGUCAUCUAUCCUGAUUUAUCUGCGGCGUUCGACAAAAUCAAUCAUGCUAUUGCAAUUACCAAAUUGGAAAGACUCGGGUGUAAACUGAUUGUGACGGUUAAAGGUUUUCAAUUUAAUGCGUUUUCGGCCUCGUUCGGAAUCCCGCAAGGCAGUCAUUUGGGACCGGUAAUCUUCCUGCUGUACUUCAAUGAUGUCAGCCACGUUCUUAAAGGCCCCGUUUAUCCUACGCUGAUGAUCUGA